CCAACACAGAGUUGCCACGGCACACAACACCGGGCCACGCACGUGCCUGCUGACUCGGCUGUCAUCUCCCCACUGUCUUCCAUGAUCAGAAGACUCUCUCAGCCUCUGUCUGUCUCCGUGUCUGUCUGUCUGUGGAUCAGUGUGUUUUGAGUCUGACUGUCUUCCCGGUUGGUUUCCUUUUCUCUUGCUCUGUCCCUCUCUCCUUGUGUUUCUACCCAUCUCCCUAUCUCUGCCACUCUCUGUCUCUGUUUUUCUUUCUUUCUCCCCUCCUUUGUAACACUCCCUAGGUCCGACAUUGCCUCUUUCUCCAUUUCUGAUUCUCUCUGUUUUUCUGACUCUCUCUCUCUCUCUCUCUUUCUCUAACUCUUCUGUCUCUGUCCUUCCCUGUCUCCUUUUUCUAUGACACUCUCCUAGAAACGCAUCAAAUACUGAAGUGGCCGGAUUUCAAGUGACAAACAGCACUACACCCAGAAUCCGCCCCCCCUCCCCAACACGGCUGCCUUCCUCCUCCACAUCCCUGUCACGAAGAGAAGCCUAUUGUGUCGGGCCCAGGGAGUUCGAGUUGAAGGGCCUGGGGGUCUGCGCUCUGACUGCUCUCAGCCACUUCCCCAUUGGCUCCCAGCAGCCUGUGCUCAGCAAGGGCUGAGCGACAGGGGAGGCUCUCGUCCAUAAAAGAGGGGAAGAGGCACCAGAACUGCCAUUCGAAGGGGCUUUGGUGGUGUUCACAGCUGCCUAUUUAGCACCUCCUCCCAAGCCGGAGUCAGGGAGGCCCCUGAGCCUUGGACCGGCCACCUGCCACCUCCGACCUGCUCAGCCAGAAGCUGCCCAGGGACAAAGCAGAGCACAGGUCAUUUAUCUCCAGGCUUUGAGAUCUGCGUGGGGGGAGCUGUUGCAGCAGCCUAAGCCGCAGGAAUUGCUGAGACAGGAUGACCUGGCAGGGGCUGGUGCUGGCUGCCUGCCUCCUCGUGUUCCCCUCUGCCACAGCAGACUGCCUGUCGCGGUGCUCCUUGUGUGCGGUAAAGACCCAGGAUGGGCCCAAACCCAUCAACCCCCUGAUUUGCUCCCUGCAAUGCCAGGCUGCCCUGCUGCCCUCUGAUGAAUGGGAGAGAUGCCAGAGCUUUCUGUCUUUUUUCACCCCCUCCACCCUUGGGCUCAAUGACAAGGGGGACUUGGGGAGCAAGUCGGUUGGGGAAGGGCCCUACAGUGAGCUGGCCAAGCUCUCUGGGUCCUUCCUGAAGGAGCUGGAGAAAAGCAAGUUUCUCCCAAGUAUCUCAACAGAGAACACUCUGAGCAAGACCUUGGAGGAGAAGCUCAGGGGUCUCUCUGGCGGGUUUGGGGAGGGAGCAGAGUCUGAGCUGAUGAGGGAUGCCCAGCUGAACAAUGGUGCCAUGGAGACUGGCACACUCGAUUUCACUGAGGAGGACCCCAAGGAGCAGGUCAAACGCUAUGGGGGCUUUUUGCGCAAAUACCCCAAGAGGAGCUCAGAGGUGGCUGGGGAGGGGGAUGGUGAUAGCAUGGGCCACGAGGACCUGUACAAACGCUAUGGGGGCUUCUUGCGGCGCAUUCGUCCCAAGCUCAAGUGGGACAACCAGAAGCGCUAUGGCGGUUUUCUCCGGCGCCAGUUCAAGGUGGUGACUCGGUCUCAGGAAGAUCCGAAUGCUUACUCUGGAGAGCUUUUUGAUGCAUAAGCACCUCUCAUCAUGGAGUAGAGUCAGGAGCAUCCCCUGACACCUUUUCAGGUUGGAGUGCACUCAUUCAUCCUCUUGUAUGUGCCCCUUCCCCAUGCUCAGCUCAGCACUGUGUACAAAAUAUCCAAGCCCAGCCUGCUCUCUCCUGCCUGGGAGUACGGGAUUUCUCUGGGGUCUGUGAUGGGGAAGGGUGGAUGUCCCUUCCCCACAACAGGCUUAAUGCUUGGCUCAGAUGCCUAAACUCUAAAACUACCAGCAGCAGCAGCAGCAGCAGCAGCUUGUGAUCUCAGUCCUUCCAACCUGUUCUCGUGAUUCCUCAAUUCCAGGGAACCAGAGCGACCUGUUCUUUGUACCUGUAGGUCUAGGAUCUCCAAACUUAACCAAUCACAUGCCCCUCUCAGAAGAAAUAUGAGCAUGCUCCCUCAUACAGAUAGUAUACGCAUCAUAAACAAAGAGUAGAGCUUUAACAUAAGAUAAAUAAUCAUACACAGAAAUCCUGACAUUAUAUUCCCAAAUCUCAAAAGAUCUCCUGUGCACCCCACUUUGGGGACUAUGCUUUAGGUACAUUGCCUUAUAUUGGAUCAGGAACCCUUACAGCAGAGGGUCCAGUCUUCUAGUGGGUUUAAUGUUUAGUUAGUGUACUCUGAGUCUUCAUUGUUCAGAAAAGAACCUCUUGAAGAACUGACUUCCUGAACUCCCAGUCAUGUUGGUACUCCUUACAGAAGCGAGUGAAAACCCCUUUAGGAAAUGAUUGAGAGCAGCCUCUUGAAUGCUUAAAUGAUCAAGGAGGGAGCAAGGCAAACCAAUUUGUUCUGUGCAACAAACUCAAAAUGUGGACCAGUUCCCUCAGCCCUCAUUAAACUAAUUAAACUGAUCGGUAUCAUGCUUCUACUCCAUGGUGAACUGAAGCAGAGUCAAGUUGAUGAAGUUAAGCACGACCAUGUUCUUGAGCAGCUGAAUUGGCUGCCAAGAGUCCAAGCCAUCUGGCCCAACAUAUGCACUGGGCAUUGGGUAAGGGACUCCAGAAGCAGCAGCUAGAAAGAGAAAAAGGCUCUCUUCAGUCCCCAUGAUGCUUCUUUCCUCUUAAUGUCUCAAAAUAAAACCAGAAAGAGGAAUAAAAUGAUUAAGUGCUUGAGGCCAAAUGAGUUCCCUUGAUUCAAAUAACCCUGAUUCAUAGACAGAGACGUCCCGAUGUCUUGGUUUCAAUCAAAGCCCUCUCUCUCUGUCUCUCUCUCUUUUGCUCUCUCAUUCCCAGGCACUCUUUUUUGGUUUGUGGGUCCAGGAGAUGGGACUGGAUAGGAGAGGAAACAGGCUUGAGUUUGGAUAAUUUGUGUAAGAUGCUGCUGAACACAUCUCGUCAUGUGCAGUCCCCAGGUAUCUGAUGAUGUUCUGAAAUGGAUAGAUUGUUUCAGAGUUAUUUUGUGUGCUUUAAAAAAAUCCCAUUUAUGCAAUUUACUUGGAAUUUGCUUAGUCUUUAAUAGGCCUGUGUAAUUUCCUGCUCCUCCAGUACAAUAAAUAAAAGAAAGAUGUUGAUGA